AGGGUUGAUUAGGGGUCCACCGGGCUACCCUCUUGCGCAGAACACUAGAUUUGGCUGGAUCCUGUCUGGUGAAGUUGAAGAAGCAAGCAGCCAUUCUGAAAAGUGUCACAACAUUAUUGUUAGUUUGCACUCAGCUCAUUCAAACGAGAAUAUGCUCUCACGGAAGUUCUGGGAGUUGGAGUCUGACCAUUACGAUGUCGAAAAAACAUUUUUAACAGAAGAAGAGCAGUUGUGUGAAAGAUUGUUCGCGGAAACGACUCAUAGAGAAGAAUCUCGUCGUUACAUUGUUAGCUUGCCCUUUCGCACAUCGGAUCCGAAAUGUAAAUAUGGUGACUCGAAACAAAUUGCCCAGAAAAGGUUUCUUAUUUUAGAAAAGCGGUUUUUACGAGACCCUGAUAUGAAAAAAGAGUACAUCAAGGCAAUCAAUGAAUACUUGGAUCUCGGCCAUGAGGAGAAGGUCGAGACUAAAGAAAAAGCAGAUGCGGUUUAUUUGCCACAUCACGCAGUAGUGCGAAAUGAUAAGCUUACCACCAAGUUGAGAGUUGUCUUCGAUGCAUCGUGUCCGGGAACAAUAUGUGUCGUUGCAGACAUAAUUAAAAUGUAUCGACAGGUUAAGGUGUCUAAAAGAGAUGGCGAUUUUCAACGCAUCCUGUGGCGUGAAAACCCAGAAGAUCAGUUACAGCAUUUCCGUCUUCUUCGGAUGACUUUCGGCACAUCCUCGGCUCCAUACUUACGUACCAUACUUCAGCGUUGGUUCACCAAUAGUACCGAAUUGUUGAAUCACAAACAGGAAGAUCACCUACGAGCAACCGAAGAACACCUGGAACUCAUCAAGCAGGUGUCGAUUCCGAGGCUCGAGCUUUACGCACUGGCUUGGCUCAGGAGCCACUCAAGUCGUUGGAAAACUUUCAUAGCCAAUAGAGUGUCGGACAUACUUACGGUUCUGGAUGAAGAUCAGUGGUGCCAUGUAUCGACGAAGCAGAAUCCUGCCGAUUGCGCGUCCAGAGGCGCAAACCCAUCAGUACGCCCUGAAGUCAAGAUUUGGAAGCAGGGCCCGGCGUUCCUGAAACAUAUAAACAUUGAUUAUAAAAGAGAGGUUAUGGAUACAACAAUGGAAGAAAGAAAGCUAAAAUGUCACACUACAACAAGCAAUAAAACAGAGAGUAGUAUACUUAACAAGUAUUCGACGUCAACACGACUUACCAGAGUUGUAGCUUACUGUAUGUUUUUGUCUCCAAAUUUUGGAAGAUUGUGGAAGGCAGGAGUGAAGUCAACCAAACACCAUCUUCGGAGAAUAGUAGGUAAUAGCACACUGACGUUCGAAGAGAUGACCACCCUUUUGGCUCAGAUUGAAGCCUGUUUAAAUUCAAGGCCCAUCUCCCAGUUACCGACAUACCCGGAUGAUCCAUACCCUCUGACCCCUGGUCAUUUUUUAAUAGGAGAACCACUAGUUGUGGUCCCUGAUAGGAACUAUGAGGACUCAAAUGUCUCCUCACUGAAGAGGUGGCAUCUUACGCAGCGCAUGCUUCAAGACUUUUGGCGUAGAUGGUCACAGGAGUAUCUUACUCAGUUACAACAUCGGUACAAAUGGACAGAUCAGGUUUCGGAACCCAAAGUAGGCGAUGUUGUGCUUAUUCGUGAAGAUGAUCUUCCACCGGCAAAGUGGCUUUUUGGCGUUAUCGAUAAGAAGCAUACUGGUUUGGACAACCUUACGAGGGUUGUUAGCGUAAGAUGCAAGGACAGCGUCAUAAAGCGACCAUUGUCAAAAUUAGUAAUAUUACCUGUUACUUAAUUAUUAAAUUUAAUAUUUUUAUUAUACAGUCCACUAGAAUAAUUGCUAUCAUUGUAAUCAUAAGUUUAAUUUGUGUUAAUUUUAAUUUUUAUCUUUCUCGAUUUUAUUUAUGUUGCAAUGUGACCGUACAAUUGUUUUACUAUGUUUAUGUUUGUUAUUUCUUUAAUUAUUCAUUAAGUUUGUUCUUGUAUACUUUUUCGUUCCGGCAUGGUGGGCGGACAGUUGCUAUUGUUUAAUUUGAUUUUGCGCCCGAUUAUGGAGCAUUGUACAACUGCCUGUAAUUUUGUAAAUGUCUCAAAUUUUUGUAUAGUUGUGAUGGACAUGCUGUCCAUGGUGGGCGGUAUGUUAAUGUCUUGUAAAGCAAAUUGGCAAUAAAAUGUAGUUUUAUUACUCAACACUAGAUGGCGCUGUACCGUUUAAGUGCCCACUAUAGGUUUGCCGCGUUGUUAUGAUGCGCUUGCGACAAGCGACGAAUAAAGUUGGCUCAUUCACCCGA